AUGCCAAAUAUUAAAGUAUCUACAGGAUCACCGUCGUCGUCUUCACAAAUAUCGUCUCCUCCACCUGUUGACUUUUUAUAUUCUACACCACCCAGUAUAACUCGUGUUUUAACAUACACUUCACCAUUUGUACACUUUUUUUCAUAUUUUUUAUCUUUGGUUACCUGGUCAACGGGAAAUCCUUCAGAAUCUUGUUUAUUAGUGGCUGCUUGGUGGACAAUUUGCCUUUACCCAACAGAAAUUAUAAUAUAUGGAACUCAUAUACUUCUAUUAGUUUGGAUAGGUUGGAAAUGGGUUGAAAAAGGUAAAAGCGAAAAACUUGGAAAACCAAGCUCAGCUUCAAAAUCCACUUCACAACUUGAUUUGAAUAGAACAGUUUCAGAAAUACACACUAUAUCUGAUAAACUUACGUCAUUUCACGCUCUUAUUAAUCUAAUUCGUUCAAAUGUUGAUUGGACAAAUUCUUCACAAACUCAAAAAGUUGUACGUGGAUUAAUAUAUUCAUAUCCAAUUUGGUUAGUAUUGACAUAUUUCGUUUCAUUAACAUGGAUUUUCAUUAUUUUGGGAACAUUUGGAUUAGUAUGGCAUAGUCCAUGGUUUAAAUUUACUCGAUAUAUUCUUAUUAAAUCACCGAUAUUUCAUGGAAUUAUGGAUUUAAUAUGCGUAUAUGUUUGUGGAGGUAAUUUAUCACAACAAGGAGAAAGGGGAGGAUUUUCUGUUAGAGCUUUUGGAACUUUGAUUAGUAAAGCAAAAGAACAACAAAAGAAACUUGCAGGUAAAAAAGAUAAUAAUAAUAAAGAUGAAAAUAAAACUUGUACAGAUUUAAUAUUUAGAUUUGUUAUAUAUGAGAAUCAACGUUGGUGGUUAGGUUUAGAUUGGACCACAAAUUUAUUCUUAAAUGAAAGACCCGCUUGGUCUGAUGAAUAUAAUGAACCAACAAAUCCUAAAAGUUCAUUUGAAUUACCACCAACUACUACAAUUAGUGAAACACCUGAAGAUUCAAACGUUCUAAUUAAGAAAACCAUGGAAUGGAAAUGGGAAAAUUCAGAUUGGUGGAUUGAUUACGAUGGUGAUGUUGAUAAUGAUGGUUGGCAAUAUGCUGAUAAUAGGUGGAAUAAUCUUUCUUCAAAAAGUGGUUUUAGAAAAUACACACGAAGAAGAAAAUGGGUUAGAACUGCAAGAUUAAUUGAAACGAUUGAAAAAAUUGAUAAAAGCGAUGAAAGUAAAGACGAUGAAGAUCAACAAGAUCAACAGGAUCAACAGAAUCAAGAAAAUAAACAGAAUCAAAAGAUUACAGAAAUAUCAGAAGAUUUUGAAACUAAAGAGAAUAAUAAUAAACCUCCUCCAUAUUCCUUAUCGUUAAAUUCAAGUAAUUCAAGUGAUAAUAAAUCUAAAUCUUUACCACUUAUUUCAAGAAAAGCAAAUGGAAAAUUUGAUUCUGAAUCUAUUUCUUUUACUGUUUCAUCUGAAAAAGAAAACUAA